AGGUGUCAGGAGGCCGCCCCGCCGCUGUCCGCGGGCUGCGGAGGGGGCGGCUGGGAAGGCCCGGGCCCGGCGGGGGCUGAGGCGGCUCCCGCCGUCGGGGAGCGCCCCGGUGCUGUGAGGGGGCCGGGGCCCAGUGCUGGGAGGGUAGCGCUGCUGCGUCCCUGGUUUUGGGGUUGAUUUAUAAAAGAAUGACGUUUUUCUGCUGUCUACAGCUUCCUCACAAGGGGAGGAGGAAGAGCAGGCGCCGAACUCUUCUCUUUACUGACUGAUGACAGAACCCGAGGGAAUGGCAGGAGGAUGUGCCAGGGGAGGGGCAGUAACAGGCUCCCCAGGGAGGUGUCACGGCCCCAAGCCUGACAGUGUUUAAGAAGAGACUGGACAAGCCCUCAGACACAUGGUGUGAACUGUGGGGUUGUCCUGUGCAGGGACAGGAGUUGGACUCGAUGAUCCUUGUGGGUCCCUUCCAACUCAGGACAUUUUAUUAUUCUAUGAAAAUAAUCACUUUCACCCCCAAAGUGGCUGGUGAAGAGGGAACACCAUGAAAGAAGCAGAAAUAAGGAGGCUCUCGGCUGCCAACCUCCUCUGUGUUCUUUCAGUUAUUCUGACAGCGGUUGUUCCACCUUUCUUCUGGGAUGGAUUCACAGUUCUGGGCACACACCUCGCGUGGCUGUGUGUUUGUUCUGUUUGUGUUAGUACCCUGAAUAUAAUCUUGCACUUAGUCCUUAAACCAAAUCUGUCUCCUAAGAGAAUUCCGUUUGCUCACAAGAUAUCCAGAUUUCUAAAAUGCUGUGUAUACUUUUUCAUGUCUUGCAUACUGUUUCAUGCGAUUAUUGUUCUUUAUGGAGCACCUCUCAUAGAGUCAGUGACUGAGACAUUUUUGUUUGCAGUUCUCCUGUCUACCUUUACUACUUUACAAUGCUUGUGUAUGCUGGGACCAAACAUACAAGCGUGGAUACGGGUAUUUAGUAAAAAUGGAGCUACUUCCAUCUGGGAAAGCAAUCUACAAAUUACUACCAUCUGCAGUAUAUUUGGAGCUUGGUUUGGAGCAUUUCCUAUUCCUCUUGAUUGGGAUCGGCCUUGGCAGAGAUGUUGUGGCUUACAACUGCAAUGGAAGUUUGUCACAGAAUCACAGAAUGUCAGGGAUUGGAAGGGACCUCGAAAGAUCAUCCAGUCCAAUCCCCCUGCUGGAGCAGGAGCACCCAGAUGAGGUCACACAGGAAUGUGUCCGGAUGGGUUUGAAUGUCUCCAGAGAAGGAGACUCCACAACCCCCUGGGCAGCCUGUUCCAGUGUUCUGUCACCCUUACUAAGAAGUUUGUUCUCAUCCAUAGGUAGCUAACAGCUUGCUUUUAUGCCACCAGCCUUUCUUUCCAACAGUGUAAUGAGAUACUAAAUUUUCUAUUUAAAAAUAAUAGAGGAGUAGGUUGAUACUUUAACUAAAGAAAUCAGGUUUUCUUCCCUAAAACCACUUGGUUUUACUCUUGCAAGAAGUUUCACCAUCAAUCCGUCAUAGGUAUGUGUUGGCACUGGUUAAUUUUUGAGGGACAUGAAUGUAACCCCAAAUUCAAGGGAUUCAUUGAAAUGCAAUCUCAUAUCUUCUUGCGACGUCUUACUCACUUUUCCUGUUCCAGUGAGAGGCAAGCACUUUUUUUUCUUGCUCAGCUGGGAUUGUUGGAUGGCUCAUCACAUCUGGCAGGUUUUAUUUGAUUCCCAAAAUCUGAGAGUUUGCUGAUAUGCUAUGUAUAAAAAUUUCACCUUGUAUGCACCAAUGAUAUAAGGAAAAAUUCCGUAGACUCUGAUGAACAAAACAAAGACACUACUAGAUUAAGACAGAUACUUUAAGUACAGUUAAUUUUUUACUUUAUUUGUCCAUUCACCCAUCUUCCCGUAGUAGGACACACAAGCUGGGUAAUUUACUGGCUGCUUUUUCUGUUUGAAAACUCUUCCAGGUUAAUAGAAACCAAACAUGACUAAGUUAAGCUCUAUAAUCUAUACUUAGACAUCUAAAAAGAUAUUAUAUGACUCCUCAGAUCAGCAAAGCAUCUGCAGAAACCUCAGAUACCAUAACUUGUCACUAGCUGUUCCUGAGCAUGAACGCGCUCCAGAGAAUUCAGCCAGCAGCAAAAACUGUAUGUCUACAUUUCCUUUUUCCUUCACCAUCUCCACCCUCAUUUCUGACAUACUCCUGAUACCAGAGUUGGCAGGGGAGAGCUUCUGACUAUCGAUUCCUGCAUCAGAGCAUUUGCUGCUAUGUUCUUUCCCUUAAGUUCCCCUCAUUUUUCCAUAUCCCCAUGUCUCCAUCUUUUACCUUGUAGCAUUUAAAAUAGUGGGGUGGAGGAAGAAUCUUGCUUUCCAUUUUGGGUCUGAACUGCUCAGUUGUUACUUUAAUUAUCAUGUGACCAAUUCAAGAGCAACCACAGAGAAGUUUACUUACGAGUCCUGCAGGCUUCAAUGAUCUUUGAAACCUGUAGUUUUAAGUGAUAAUUUUUAAAGAUCUGCUGUAUAAGGGGAUGGAAGAAGUUCUUGUUAAAAUGUAAUGCAGUUUUAAAAGUCAAAUUAUCUCGGCAAAGCAACACAGUGAAGCACCAAAAUGGUAAGAAAUCUUCAAAGCAGAAAUGAACCUCUUUAAAGCAGCUUCUUAGAGACCCUGUUCCCAAGUCUCAGAAGUUUCCAAUCACCUAUUGACAAUUUAAUAUUUUUGUGAAGAUGAACUCUUAAAUAUCAGUCAUGAAGGCACAGAAGAAGGGGGAAGGGAGGGGAAAAAGUGUCCUGGCCAGGCAUUUCCAGUAGGUGCCCAGGAAACACUGCUUCCCAAUUUAGCCAAGCUGAGAUAUGUAUGAAUCAGGUUCUCUGGAAACACUAAACUUCAUGCAAUAGUUGACAUGAAUAUUUUGCCUUUCUAUCCCCAAUGAGCAGUAUGGAUUCAACAACAGAGGUGUUGAGCUGCACAUAGUAGCUCUGCAUUGCUCUCUCAGAAAUCUUCAGAGCCAAGAGAUGUUUCUGGUGUUCUUCAGAAGUUCGCUGGGGACUAGCAAUGAAACCCCUUUUUGCAAGAGUAGUCCUUUUGCUACCUGACAUCAGGUGAUUACAGAAACUCAUAGUAGAUUCUUCCACUGUAGCAGUGAAAGAGGAGAGGUGCUUUCUGUGGUGUCUUCAGCCAAAGGUAGGGGAAAGAAGAAUGGCCCUCAUAAAGGAUUCUGCUCUAGAACAGAAAAUGUGGUUUAAGUCUUACUAUUAUAAUUUUAGAGAGCAGUGUUAAAGCCUUUAAGCCCGUUUGUUGCAAAAUCUGGUUCUGAUGUUUCUAUUGGUUAUGGUUAGUAUUUGUGGUCUAACAACGUGUUAUGAAAACACAGAUGCAUUUGUAGCUCUAGCUUCAGACAGUUCUUUAAAGAGUGUUGUAGACAGGGUGAAAUUUGUACUACGAGACUUGGAUGCGUCAACAAUAGCUGAGAAAUAUCACUUAAUAGAGCACACCAAAGGGUUGCUGCUGCUGCCCUUGUGCUCUGUUUGUGGCCCUGAAAUGUCAGAACUUAGCAAAAACAUCUGACAUCCAGCAGGUGCAGAAAUGCACUACAAGUUUGGAAUUAAAAAUGCUAUUGCUGUUGAUUUAGCUCUGUUAGAACAAUCUAAUAUAAAGUGAAGUUCACACAAAAAGUAAAGCACUGUCUUGGUUUAUUUUUCCACUUCAUUAGGACUUAGCACUUCUUUAAACUGUUGACAAUUUCAGAGUGUCCACAGUCUACUUUUAAAUUGACUGUAGUCCAGUUCAGAGAGUGCAGUAUGUAAAGCCACUUUUGUGAAGUCUGUUUAUAGCAAUGGCUUCAAAUGCAAAUGGUCUGUUGUCACUCACCUGAAGCAAACAAGAGGUUGAAGGAAGAGACAACUGAGGAUGCUGGAAUUCCAUUAAGAGCAUUGAAUGAAGCAGCCUGCACUUUUCUGUAAGGCACCUGUUGUCCGAAUUGCCACACUGAUACAUAUGGCAGUUCUGAUGUCACUUUGUUGCUACUUAAAAGAAAAAGCAAUUGAGGGCAACACUAGGUUCAUUUUUUGCUGAUCUAUUUCCUAGUCCUUAGCUGUUGUAUUUGGAUUAGCAUCUUUUCGUGCAGUGUUAAUUGAACUGAAAAACUCUAUAGUAGUCAUCACUUUACAUCAUGGUUGAGAUUAAUUGGCAGAAGCUGAGAAGUUUGUAGUACCAUUACCUAUAUCUUACUUGGUCAGAAAAUCAUAUGUCAAUAUGUCUUGCAUAUCUUUCACUACAAUUUGUUUUUACUUUUAAGUACUUCAGACUUCUGUGGAGUAAACUUAGUGUGGAAUCAUCAGGAGGUUCCAAUUCAUGUGCUAAUGGCUAAAAUCAAAAUGCUACUUCAUCUUGGAGUACCAUAAACCAAAGAAAACCUGGUUCUUUACAUAUACCUCUUGUGACACGCAACAAAACUGAGAUAAAUACAGAUGUCUCAGAAAAUCUUAACUUUAUUUUCCAUGUUUACGUUUGAAAAAUAUUGCAUACAGGGGAUACUCAGAUUAGUGGGCCUGUCUACACUUAAAAUAAUGUAAAAUGCAUUUUUUUAGCAUACAACAAUUUUUACGCUAAGUAAAUAUUACUUAAUAGGAACAGAAUGUUGGUUUGGAAAUAAAAUGACAUUAAUUAUCUGAAUAAUGUUUCAGAAUGGAAAUGAAAAAUACAUAAAGCAUUUCUGUUAGAAGUAUAAAAUGUAUUGCUGAAAGUCAGUUGGUAUCUUGAUGAUUGUUUUUCAUUAUUCUGUUGUUCUUCAAGUCACUUUUUAACACAAUUUGGCCAUGCCUAUUGCCACUCUGCUAGUCUUCAGAAAAAUUUAUUUUGUAACUACACAGAACAGUUGGUCUGGGAGGCCUGCUCUGUGCUUGUUCCUGGCUGUAGGUCUGCAGAGUUAAGCUUAUCUCAAAGGUUAAGGUAGUUGCCUUACAGGAAUGCAGGUUAGUCCCUACAGUAUUUAAAUUGCUGUCUUUAGAAACAAACAAACACACCCAAACUUUUCAAGACUUACUCUGUAAGAUAUUAAUAUCUUAUCUGCAAGAUAUUAAUGUUUUUCAAGUGUCAGACUGGUAGAAUAAAUUUGCCAAUGUUUUGAGAUUACUAUCUAAUUCUUAAACAAUUUUUAAAAUAGUUUUCAGCACUUAAUUAUGGCCAUUUAAAUAAAGCUAUUCUAGGUGAUGUUCAAAAGACGAAGGAAUUGCACAUCCACUUCUUGUUGCCUCUAGCCCUCUGAUGUGCAGUGGGUCUGCAAGGAUUAUGGUGAGUUAUGGCAGUUGUAGCAAAAAAAUAGAAACUAACUUCUUUUGUCACGGUUGCUCGAUUUUUUUCGGAAUGCCUAUUUCAAGUUGGUGGUGUACUUUUAAUCACCGCAUGUGAUUAGGAUCCUGGCUUCAUGUGUCAUCUGAGAAGUGGCACCUUAAAGCACACCCCCACUGAAACAGAACAGGAUCGCUAGGGUGUUAGUAGACACAUUGUGACACAUCCUUUCUCUGCUUAGCCUGAGGUACCUGAGUUGCAGAACAAGAUGGUAUAAUUAAAGAGCAAAACCUUAUCAGCAUCCUUUCUAGGCGGUGGAACUAGUAUUCCAGACACCCCAUUCACCUUUGACAGCAAUGACUUUUGGAAAUUGUGAAGUUCCUGGGUUUAUUCCAUGUUUUGAUAAUAGACUUUUCAAACAUGUUCCUGGGUUUACUGUGUGCAUGCCUGCCCAUCCGUUUGUUUUGGGGUAUUUUGUAGCAUAAUUUUGAUCUGUAGUACCUGUAACUAACGAUAAAAAGUAACUUUGAAACAAUAUUCUGCUUACGUUGUUUUCAUAUCAUUAGGAAAAAGUGAAAUUGAUGUAUUCCCACUUUAUACUGAAUGCUGCAAACAUAAUAGAUAGUGCUGAUAUAACUCAAAUGAGUUGAUUGACUGCCAUGUGAUUUAGCCAAUAUGACUGUAAAUAUUAGCAGAGAUACCUCUCAGACUUUUGUAACCAGAAAAAUAAUCUGGAUAAUCUUGGGUAUAGUUCUUGGUAGUUACUCAAGUAAGUUGAAAUAGGACUAUAAACUUUCACACUAUUUAUUCCUCACACACCUCAGAGUGUUUCCUUCUUUCUGGUAUUUGCUUUCGGAUCUACUACCUACUGUGAAAGUUCUGUUGUAAAAGAAGUUGCUUUACAUGAGUAGAAGGGAUAGUAUCUAGUGUUUGAGUCUUUUUAAACAGAGGUAGAAGCUUGUUCCACGUUAGUGUGGUUAUCAUUGUUUAUUUAAUGAUAUGUUUUCUUAAUGUAAACCUUCAUGGUGAGAUCAAAGGCAGUUAUGCUUGCUAUAACUUUAGAUCACAAAUCCACAAAACCAACUUCUAGUUACAAAUGCCAGCCUGAAAAACUCACACUUUCUUCUCCUCAGCAUGUGCUUGUCAACACACACAUUCUGUACAAUGUGAUAAGACACUUUUAGUUAACAUGUGCAUGCAACCAAAAUAGAUUAAAGGCAUGUACUGAAAUUUUUAACACAGUACAGACUAAACAGGAAUUUAAGGCAUGUUAGAAACAGGGAGGGAAAGUAAUUGUGCUCAUUUAUUCAGUUUUAAAGUGAAACAAAAACUAUUACAUAGCUUUCUAAUUGACAGUCAGAAAUGGGUCUUUUGAAAUAGUAAGCAUACCAAAAAAAUCAGGUUUAGGAAUAUGAAAAAGUACUAAUCUAAAGGAGGAGACCAGUUUACUAGGAAAAAAGUAAUUACAGGAGAUUGCCUCACUGUACUUGCAUUUGUAUAAUUAAACUUCCAGCAGUCAGCUGCUAACUUAAUAGGAUCCUUAAAACCUUUAUUAGGGUGUUGCUCCUUUGACCUAUAAGAAUCUGGCCUUUAUGUCCUUAUCAAUGUCUAUGUAAUUCCCACUGCAUGGGACGCAAGUUACAGACUUGUAAUAAAUGACAAAACUGUCAUGCAACCAGAAUUCUGGUUUAACGAGCUACAUGCAUAGUACAGCAGAGCCAGAUGCCUUGCUGGGAUCCUGCAACAUGCUCUGCUUUCUGUGCAACAUGCUAAUAAGCAUUCUCACAUCACUUCAUAGGUGUUCUAAAGAGCGCUGAGGAAACUAGCUCCUCUGUGUCCUGAAAGGUUAGCAAUUCCUAUUUCAAGUCCUUAUUCUUAAAAUGAGUUCUAAUAUAUACUAGAAAACUUGCAGUUCUGCAGUGACUGUUCAGCAAGCCUAAAGAAAUCUCUCUUAAGUCCUAACAAAUGCUGCCAGGCAAAAAGAAAAUUUAAACAAAUAGCAGAAGUCAGGAUCAUUUUGCAUUAACCACUGGUCAUGCUCUGUCCCUUAAAAUACCAUUUUUGUGCUUGUUAAGCACGUAGGGGGAGAUUUGUUUUUGCCAAGCCGCUGUUCAGAUUCCUAGUAAUCAUAUACAGGUUGUUAAAAGUGCCUUUUUCUGCGUGCUUUUGAUAUGUAAGCUAACUCUUCUUGUAUCAGGGUGUGAGGAUGGUACCUGAUGCUUCCCAGCUGCUGGGACAAACAGGGCAUUUCAUGACAGUUUCCUGAAGAAUGUUCUGUCCUGUCUCCUGCGUUCCCAACACUUUUCUCUCCAGAUCCUUCUUCCCCCUCAAAAAAAGUGCAGUUAAAUGAUGUUGCCCAACAUCUUAUUCCUCUGCUGCUGACCCAGCCUAGACAUGACAUCAGUACUGGGGUAGGAUAUGUCAGCUUCCUCAGCAUAAAGUAGGAGAAACUGCGCUAAAUAGUUCUCAGGGGACGAGGAGUAUAUUACAAGUUGCAUACUUCAGACAAGCAGAAUGCAAUCUCUUAGAACAGGCAGACAAUUGAUAUUAGCUGCUUAGAUUUUUAUCACUUAGGGGCAGUUCAUACCAAGUCAGGGAAGGUAAACCAAGUUUAAGAGAUAACAUAAAAGACAGGGCAAAAGCAGACCAAUCAAGCAAGUCAAAUUCAUUUUAAAAGGUCCAGUGGAAAGUGAUUUGGUCUCAGAAAAAUGAGGCCAGCAGCUAAUGCAAAAUAAAGCAACCCACUUUCAUAGACAGACAAAAAGCAUAUGCAAGGGCUGUUAUUUUAGUGGAGCUGAUGUGCUUAAGAGCCACAUCUUAAUCUGUAAUCUUUGAUAACUUGCAGCUUUAGAUAUACCCAUGGGUGCAUCUGGCUGUAUGUAGCUUAAAGGCCAGCAGUCAAGAAUAAAAGGUGCAGAACUAGUAUAAUUACUCAUUUGUUAGAGGUUUUUUUUGCCCUGCCUUGAGGGUUAGAGAAAAUAGCAUAAGGACAGCAACGCUCUUAAGUCCAGGCUUUUAACUCCUAUAGUUAUGGAGUUUUCAAAAGGCCAAUCAAACUGCCUUCAGAACUGUUUUGGGCCAUCUGACCAGCAUAACAAGAACAAGUACCUGGCCUACUUCUAUGCCACUAGAAGGGAUGAGGUGGUGCUUAUAUUCUGUCUCAUUCAUAGAGUGUUUUACAGUUUCUUCCCUUUGCCCCGUCUUGGCCAGCUGCCGCUGGUGAGGGUUAGAUUGCAGAGGUCAGAGACUCAUUUGUUUGAGACAGCGUGAAAUUUCUGUAAGGUAACAAUGAUUUUUAAAAAGCAAAGCAAAAAUUGAAUAUUUGAAAGACAGACAGAGGCAUAAUUAAUACUAACAUUUACAUAACUGUUGAAAAAUCAUGUUCCAAGUUGUAGUUCAAUCAGGUAAAAGAAGCUACAACAGUCAGAGAUCAUUUUAAUCAUACCAACAAUUGCCCACUAUACACAAAAUAGCAAAGGAUACAGGGUCAAUGGGUCAUCAGGGAUAUUGACUCUCUAGUAAAGAGAACAUGAAAAAUUUGGCAUCCGAUGUCUACCUAUACUUCUGAAAAGCAAAUGGGCAACUACAGAUUCACCUAAUGUAGGUAAAGUUUAAUGAAGGAUAAUUGAUCACUCAGAGAAUUCGAUGUAAAAAGACUACUGAGUUAUGAAGUCUCUGCCCAUACUUUUCUGGGUAUUAGAGUGGUAUUUGACUUCAUCAGUGGAUAAGAAAGUAGGACUCCUGUUGCAACUGAAUGUUACUGAGUGAACAGCUGGGGUUGCAGGGGCUUUUUUAUUGUUUUGUCCUUUAGACAUGUGUAAUAAGCAAAAUGCUAGAAAUAACUUAAUUACAUUUCAUUGAAAAGCUGAAAAAAUCCACCUGAAGUGUAAGUUUAGCCAAGGCCACAAACUCAUGUGAGUUUUAAAUAUACAUAAUAUCUUACCAUACCAAAGCAUCUCAAGGCUUUUUAUAGAAGAUCUAUAAUACCACUGUUAAAUGAAUGAAAACAAGCAAGUCUUUGGUUUGAGAGGCAACAGCCAAAAUAUUCAGCAACAAAAAGAAAUCGCAGAGACAGGAUGUCCAGAAAUGGAAGAAUGAAACAAGGUCAAUAAAGAGUACCUAAGGCACCUUGCUUACAGUCAUCUUUGCUACACUCCUUAAGACCUCCAAAUAAUAUAUAAAACUGCAAAUGCUAAGGAAUGUGAAGAUGAAACAGCUGAGGAUAAAAUACAUUACUCUUAUUCCUAGUUAAAAUUUCUGUGAUCAAAGGAUGUGAAUAAAUAUAUUUUUCCAAGCGAUAAUGAAGUACAGAGAAUCAGAGCUAGAAUAAUGAAUGAAAGGAGGAAUUAGUGCCAUUAAGUUCAUUUGAUAUUCAUGAAUUGCAAACCAAAAGUAGAAAAGAAGGCUGGACACUGAGAAGUGGAUAUUUUCUUUAAUAAUGCCUAGUGCAUUUCUCAGUCUCAAGUACUACAGAAGGUGGAAAUAUCCCCCUUAAUUUAAAAAUUAAAAAAAAAAAAAGGAAAAUUUUGAAGGGGAAUGGGAAUUCAGUUUAUUCUACAACAAAUAUUUUUAAUCACCAGCACAACUGAGGCUUCCAUCAAAUGCCGUAUGUAGUUGACUGGUAAUAUAAGCUACAUCUGAGGACAGACCGGUUAUGUUUUGACCACUCCUCCCUGCAAAUCAAUACCAAUUAAAAAAAAAGGAGGGGGGUAUCCCAUUACUUCUUUGCCUCAGUACUAGAUGGUUUGUGAAAGUGAGUCAGCUGUAUUGAGUCGGCUUCCCUGUUCUUAUACUAGGAAGUAGAGUUUAUCAUUAAAGCUCACUUUAACAUAACUGGCUUACUACAUGUUUGCUGAACUGGGGGCAAGAUGUUCAGUAAGUUUCAAAAUUUAUGUUCCCUCCCUACUGCCAGCCAGAGGGAAAUUGAUCCCUUUGCCUACUUUUCAAGACAAAAAAAAAGAAAAACCUUCUAUCCAUCUCAGUCUCUGGCCUUAUUUGAAUAUUAGUUCAUUUAUACACACCUCUAAAAGUUUCAGAACACCAUGAGAGACUGGAAGGAGAAAUCACCAUCUGUAGGUUUCCAAAUGUGUGCAGUGGAACAGAAAGUCAGCUUAGCUGAACACUUUGGGGGAUAUAAAUACUGUAAUGUUUUUCACAUAGUUUUGGGAAUAUCAAACUGAAGUCUGCAAUAGCCAGAAGCCUGGUUACAUUUUAAUGCAUAUUAAUUAAAAACUGUACAACAGCAUUUAGUGUCCACAAAGAUGAUUGUUACACUUUUUGGCAUUAUUUGGAAAGCAUGUCAAGCUUUAAAGUAGAAUAAGACGCUACUGUCUUUCAGUACCUAGCUUACACUGAGAAUUUGUGCUCACGACGUACAAAAAACCACAAAGGCUCUCCUUGUCGUCUGCUUUUACCUUGUGUUCUCCCCUCAGGUAUGGCCCAUCUCCUGUUCCCUCGGAGCGACCUUUGGCUAUGUGGCUGGUCUGAUUAUUGCACCUCUGUGGAUACACUGGAACCGGAAGCAGCUUACAUAUAAAAGCAGAUAACUGGAGCAAAGAGAGACAAGGUAUUUCUUUGUGCAGAUUCCAUACAGACUGUGCAAAAGUUGUUGUUUUUAUAAGAUAUAUAUAUAUGUAUAGUCAAAGCAGAAGACUAUCCAAAUUAAAUCAGAGUAUUUCAGGCCAAGCAUCUCCACUCAAAAUCAUAUAGAUGCCAUUUCAACAUGGUGCAGUUUUUGCUUCCUCUAGACUAUGUAACCCUGAGAGAUUGUACCUUCCAGUCUGAAUAAAAUAUUUCUAACAGA